AUGAACUUCGGAAGGUUAUUCGUUCUGGCCGCUGCUGUACUGACCAACUACUCCACAGCUGCCUCAAAUGAGACUGCCUCCCCCACGAAAUUCCCAAUUUAUAAUGGGAGACCAAACAACGGUGGUUACCCGUACCCCGCCCCCACACCGCAAGCAACAACACCAGAGACUCGUGGACCAUACUAUUAUGGACGUCCUAAUGGUGGUGGGUAUCCGUACCCCGCCCCCACACCGCAAGCAACAACACCAGAGACGCGUGGACCAUACUAUUAUGGACGUCCUAAUGGUGGCGGGUAUCCGUACCCUGCCCCCACACCGCAAGCAACAACACCAGAGACGCGUGGACCAUACUAUUAUGGACGUCCUAAUGGUGGCGGGUACCCGGAGCCAGCCUCCAGUCCGUAG